CAGCCUCCCCCAUCGCGCCUCUGGGUCCACUGCUUAAAUACAGACGAGGACAGGGCUCUGUCUCCUCAGCCUUGGUCACCAGCCCCGGCCCAGGACAGUGAAUCGUAAGACAAUGCCAUCCUCCAUCACGUGGGGCCUCCUCCUGCUGGCAGGCCUGUGCUGCCUGGUCCCUGGCUCCCUGGCUGAGGGUCUCCAGGGCGACGGUGUCCAGGAGACUAAUGCAUCCAAGCUCUGUGACCAGCCGGCCAGCCACAGGAUUGCCCCGAACCUGGCAGACUUCGCUUUCAGCCUCUACCGCCUGGUGGCCCAUCAGUCCAAGUCCAACAUCUUCUUCUCCCCAGUGAGCAUCGCUGCAGCCUUGGCAGUGCUCUCCCUGGGGACCAAGGGGGAAACUCACACCCAGAUCCUGGAGGGUCUAGGUUUCAACCUCACCGAGAGAGCAGAGGCCGAUAUCCACGAAGGCUUCCAGAAUCUCCUCCACACCCUCAACCAGCCAGACAACCAGCUGCAGCUGACCACCGGUAAUGGCUUGUUCAUCAGCGAGAAGGCGAAGCUAGUGGAUAAGUUUUUGGAGGACAUCAAGAAACUGUACCACUCAGAAGCCUUCUCCAUCAACUUCCAGGAUUCCGAGGCAGCCAAGAAACGGAUCAACGAUUAUGUAGAGAAGGGCACCCAAGGAAAAAUUGUGGAUCUGGUCACAGAGCUUGACAAAAACACAGUUUUUGCCCUGGUGAAUUACAUCUUCUUUAGAGGCAAAUGGGAGAAGCCCUUCGAGGUUGACCAGACCGUUGAGGAGGACUUCCAUGUGGACGCGGGCACCACGGUCAAGGUGCCCAUGAUGAAGCGCCUGGGCAUGUUUGACAUGCACCGCUGUGACACGCUGUCCAGCUUGGUGCUGCUCAUGGACUACGUGGGCAAUGCCACCGCCUUCUUCAUCCUGCCGGACGAGGGGAAAAUGGAGCAUAUGGAGAGCAACCUCACCAAGGAGGCCCUCACCAAUUUCCUGAAGAAGAGAAACGUGAGGUCUGCCAGUUUACAUUUGCCUAAACUGUCCAUUUCUGGAACCUACGAUCUGCAAACCCUCUUGGGCAACCUGGGCAUCACCAGGGUCUUCAGCAACGGGGCUGACCUGUCCGGGAUCAGUGAGGACACACCCCUGAAGCUGUCCAAGGCCCUACAUAAGGCUGUGCUGACCAUCGACGAGAAAGGGACAGAAGCUGCUGGUGCCACAUUUAUGGAAGCCAUUCCAAUGUCCAUUCCCCCAACUGUUGAGUUUAACAGGCCCUUCGUCACCAUCAUCUACGAUAAAAACACCAAGAGUCCCCUCUUUGUAGGAAAAGUGGUGAACCCUACCCAAAAGUAACUGCCUGUCUGGUUCAGCCCUCCCCUCCGAGCUCAGGUCCCCUUCCUAGAUGACAAUAAAGAAUGACUGGCCCGGCCAAACUUGAG